AUGGAAAACUUCACAUCGGCUCCAGAGGAGAACCGCACUUUAGGGAUAUGGGUGGACUACAGCAUCCAAUACAAACUGAUAAGCAGCUUUUUGCUGUUCGUGAUUUGUGCUCUAGGAAUUGUUGGCAACGUUAUGGUGAUCCUGGUGGUGCUCACUACCAAACACAUGAGGACUCCCACCAACUGCUACCUGGUGAGUUUGGCUGUGGCUGACCUGAUGGUGCUCACAGCGGCCGGUCUGCCGGCAAUCACGGAAAGUAUCUUUGUGUCCUGGGUGUUUGGCCGCUAUGGGUGCCUCUGCAUCACCUACUUUCAGUACCUCGGGAUCAACGCCUCCUCUUGUUCCAUAACAGCUUUCACUAUCGAGAGAUACAUCGCCAUCUGCCACCCGAUUAAAGCCCAGUUUCUGUGCACGCUGUCCAGGGCAAAAAAGAUCAUUUUGUUCGUUUGGACUUUCACUUCCAUUUACUGCGUGAUGUGGUUUUACCUGUCAGACAUUCAGGAAAUGGUGUACGACAACAUCACCAUCGUCACCUGCGGCUACAGAGUUCCCAGGAAGUUUUAUUUGCCCAUCUACUUUUUUGAUUUCGGCGUCUUUUUCGUGCUGCCGCUGCUGCUCUCCGCGGUUCUGUACGGCCUCAUUGCCAGGAUCCUCUUCCUCAACCCGCUGCCCUCCGACCCUAAAGACAAGAAGAAGAACGGACACAACAACCACACCAUCAACAAGAGCACGAGCUGUAAAAACUCUCGACACUCCAGCUCCACCGCGACCUCCCGCAGACAGGUGACUAAGAUGCUGGCAGUGGUGGUGAUCCUCUUCGCCGCGCUCUGGAUGCCGUACCGCACUCUGGUGGUGGUCAACUCCUUCCUCGACCCAGCCUACUUGGACAACUGGUUCCUGCUUUUCUGCAGGAUCUGCAUCUACCUCAACAGCGCCAUCAACCCAGUCAUCUACAACGCCAUGUCUCAGAAGUUUCGUGCUGCUUUUCGCAAGAUCUGCGGCUGCGGGAGGAAAGGCUCGGACAAACCCGCCACCUACAGCGUGGCCCUCACCUACAGCGCUGUCAAGGACACGUCAAUGGUGGAAAGCACUGAUCACUUCACCACCGAGCUGGAGGAGCUCACUGUCACCGACGAACUACUGUCUGAUCAGAAAAUGAUGUUCCCAGACCCCUGUGUGUACGGAAAGGUGAACUUCAGUGAUGAUUGAGUUUAUUUUUUUUUUUUUUUUUGAUCCACUGAGAAUGAAAGACUUUUAAAAUGUUGCUAAAUGGAGUCUGUCAAGUGGAAGUAUUGUUUUCUGAGUGCUUGCUUACCAUUCAAAUCCAGGCCGCUGCAGCCAGAGAUGUAAACAUAGAUCACAGCCAGCGACGCGCCACGGCGGUCUUUGGAGUGCAAAGCCAAACAUGCUCUUCAUCAGGCGUGAUCGUGGACAUUGUAAAGCCACCAACGCUUACAGAUAAGCGCUUUCAUCACACAGCUGUUAUCUUUCCCACAUAAUAUCAUGUGUAUGAGUCAACAACCCAUGAACGGGACCGACAACACCAUUCCUGCUUCAGAUACAUGGAGUUUAUGUGUGUUAUGUUAUAACUCAGACCAGCACAGACUCAGUCCUGAUCUUUGAGGCUGAAUGACGCAGCAAGGCACGUCAAGAGGAAAUCAGCUGAACUUGAAUAACCAGACAUCCUGUGUUGUCAAUAAACCGGCCUUGAUGCAUUUAUUUUCACCCACAAAGAAAGUGAGCGGUGUGUUAUACCAAAGAAUACCAAAGGAAGAGCAAAAUUCUGGCUUGGUCGAAUGGAAUUUAGUCUUUAUCAUUUGAUUCACUUUAUUUAUUAUAAUCAUUAUUUUUGGAUGAAUGAAUUAAUUGUGCUACAGAAAAUACAGUUUAGGAUGAGUUAUUAUUAUUAUUAUCAGCUUCACUCAGACUUUCAGAGUUAUGCUGAGAAAAAAAAACAUUGUCAUACCCACCUUAAAAAAAUCCUCACC